AUGUGGAGAGCUUUUUUAUUCAGUUUCAUUAGACGAAAAAUCGUACUGUCAGUGAUUUUUGGCUGCUCAUUAACAUACUGUAUUGUCAGUUUCUUAUUGAUUUCACCCAGACGUACAGACACAUGGCGAAUUCCAAGAAAAAUGGAUCGCAGUACUUUCGUUUGGAUGUCAGCCGAAGUCGAUUUGAACAACUCAUCACUUCAAAGUUGUCGGAAUACUGUACAAGGCAGAGAAUAUAUAGCAGAUGACAGAGGUUAUAUAUGUCAAAGAGACGAUAUCCUAGCGAACAACUGUUGCGGAACUACCGAAAAACGUUAUAUAUGUGAUACGUGCAACCCGGAUGGCUGUUGUGUGCUGUACGAACACUGCGUGUCAUGUUGCCUCAAUCCCAAUAAGAGAAAAUUAUUAGAAACCGUGCUGGGCAAGGCUUCGGAGACGUUCCGUGUGCUGUUUUCGGCGAUCAAUAAUCAUUUUGAACUGUGCUUGGCCAAAUGUCGAACGAGUUCUCAGAGCGUCCAACACGAAAACGCCUACUUAAAAUCGAACAAACACUGUUACACGACGGCCGACAAAGUACCCUGA